AUGGAGACCGCCACUCAUAAAGACAUGCCUGAUGCAGCGAAUCGCAAGCGUAAAAUGAACGCCACCACCCCACCUUCUAGUCUCAAGCGUGGUAGCAAACUCUCCAGGCCGACUGCCUCAGUAAGCGCAAGCAUUUCAAAUGGCUUGACUCCGCCUGUUGUUACAGCACAGGGAUUCAUUCACACUUCCGACCAGUUCAUUGACCACCAGCGCGCUAUGUUCAGUGCCGCUGUUGCGCCCACCCCACACGGGCCUGUGGAGCAUAUGCCGCCAACUCCUGCUUUUGUUAAUCGCAAUGGUUUCAGCCACACACCUGAAGGCUUCAACUCUACACCCAGUGACGGCUUUCCAUCUAAUAGCACUAUGGCUCAACACGCCGCUAGCUCAGCCUCUACGCCUGCAGACGAAAGCCAGACGAAUCACGCCAACGGACAUACGUCGCAUACUGCGACACCGUCGCCCGUGCCCCGUGCGGCGCCGCUUAAUCUUCGUAAUUUUGCUAAUUGGGAUGUUGGAACCCGUUACACGCUCAUCCGGCUACUUGGAAAGGGUUCGUACGGACAGGUGGCUGAAGCCUUUGAUAAGGAACGUCAGCAAAAAGUUGCUAUCAAAAAAAUCAUUAAUGUUUUUGACCAAGAAAUCGAUUGCAAGCGGCUAUAUCGCGAAAUUUACAUUUUGCGGCGUCUUAGUCAUUCGCAAGUGAUCAACUUGAUCGACGUUAUUCCACCUGAAAACUAUGAUACGUUCACGGAUUUAUAUCUCGUGUUUGACUUUGUGGACACUGAUUUGCAUAAGCUCAUCAUGAGCCCACAGUACUUGACCAUUCGCCACAUUCAAGUCUUUUUGUACCAGCUCCUGUGUGGAUUGAAGUACAUUCAUUCGGCGAAUGUAAUCCAUCGUGAUAUGAAACCUGCCAACAUUUUGCUUAACGAAGAUUGCACUUUAAUGAUCUGCGACUUUGGGCUUUCUCGUGUGAUGGAGAGUAAUAUGUCGAUGGAGGAACUGAGCAAACAUUUGUACUCACCGAAGGACUCGAAGUCACCCACCACAUCUGACGGAGGACUUACUUCUGCGCCAUCACCAGGAAGUGCCGCAUCAACUCCCUCGUCUUCCGGUGAGUUUCCUAAGAUGCGGCGACAGCUAACAAAGCAUGUAGUAACUCGAUGGUAUCGAGCGCCUGAGCUUAUUCUCCUACAAGAUUACGACUUUUCUGUUGAUAUGUGGAGUAUCGGAUGCAUUUUUGCUGAGCUGCUGAGUAUGCAAGUUGAAAGUUGCCCGAGAUACCAAGAACGCGUACCUCUUUUUCCUGGUCGCUCGUGCUUUCCUCUAAGUGCAGACCGUCCGACGACGUACUCGGACAAACUUGACCAGCUAAACGUGAUAUUUAAUGUAAUUGGGACGCCUGGAGAAGACGACAUCGGAAGUCUGGGUGAGGUCAAACAAUAUUUGCGGAAACUACCAAAAAAAGAACCGAGGGACCUUCGUGAGAUGUACCCAGGAGCUCCUGCUGACUCGCUAGACUUGCUAAAGCAAAUGCUCUCCUUUAACCCAGAGAGUCGAAUAUCGGUCGACAAAGCACUUGCGCACCCGUUUUUGGAAUCUGUGCGAAGAUCCCAGGCUGAAUCAGUGGAGCCUAAUCCGUUCGGAAUGGAAUUUGAAAACGUUCCAUUAAACAAAGAAGCCCUAAAAGCUCGCAUCUUUGAAGAGAUCAAAAUGUUUGCGGAGCGCAACAAUCGGAGAUGA